AUGGCAUACGGAGACAACGUCGAACUAGUGACCGAUGCAUUUCUUGACCCUAAAAUCCCUGUUUCCAUCCGACCCCAAAUCUCCAAACCACACACCGCUAACCCGCCCCUCCCCAGCUCGGGCGACCUUAACUACGGCCACCACGCCCACGGCGACGCCCACCACGGCAUGAGUAUGGACGCCACAUCGCACAGCGUGUACCUGGCGGGCGUCGAGGGCACGCACGGCCGCGGCGGCUGCACGGGCGACAAGAUCGGCACCCUGGGCUCCGCGUGCCAGAACCUCGACACUACGCUCUCCUGCGCAUCAGUUAUGUUAGGCUGA